GAUUGCAUCGGGUUGUAGAUUGUGAAUAAGUGAAGUAAUUUUGUAAAAAUGUCGAUUAAACAUACCACAGAAAAAGCAUUACAACUGCUUCGUACACUCCCUCGUGUAACCAUUGGUAAUAUUCGUGAUAACCCGCAGUCCAAGCAAAACAAAAAGCGUGGUCGUGGGCAGCACGGUGGAGAUAAGCAUGGUGCGGGUAAUAAGGGAUCCGGACAGCGACAGAACUUCACGCGGCUCGGAUACGAAACCGGAAACACACCAUUUUACUUGCGUUUUGGGUACGAGCCAUACUACAAGGGCCACCACUUGAAACGGGAGUAUCCACCGAUCAGCUUGAAUCAGUUGCAAAAGCUCAUCGAUACCGACCGGCUAGACACCCGUUCACCCAUCGACCUUACGACCAUCUGCAAUACGGGCCUGUUCGACAUUAGACCCGAUCUGUUGCAUCACGGCGUUCAGCUUACGGACGAGGGAGCGGACGAUUUUCGCGCGAAGAUCAACAUCGAAGUACAGCAUGCACCGGAAACCGUCAUAGCAGCCGUCGAGCGCAACGGUGGAGUAAUACGUACUGCCUACUACGAUCCGCACAGCCUGUACGCGGUGGUGAAUCCAAAGAAGUGGUUCGAAAAGGGUGUCCCUAUUCCGAGGCGUAUGCUUCCACCGCAGGACGCCGUUGAGUAUUACACGAACGCCCGUAACCGAGGUUACCUGGCCGACCCGGAGCAGAUCAGCCAGGAGCGGCUUGUGCUUGCGCAAAAGUACGGUUAUGCGUUGCCGAAAAUCGAGGACGAUCCGGACUAUGAGAUGCUUGUGCAAACGAAAGAUCCGCGACAGAUUUUCCUCGGUCUCAACCCAGGCUGGGUUGUGAGCUUAAAAGAUCGUGCAAUCAUCAAGGCUAAACAGUGAAUCGUGCGACCAGCAUUCGGCGGAGUAGAUUGUAGUGAAAGUGAAGUACACGACUGUGCCCAGAAGAAUAUAAUAUGC